AUGGAGGUAUGGUCUGGUCCCAUCGACUCUGGCUCGACCACGCCGCUCACAGGUAUACGUCUAAUCGACCCUAAUUCCACCAGCCAGAGCGGCCUAUCUAAGAAUGCAAAACUAUCAUUUCGCGCCUAUGUCAACCCAAAUCGAAUCCCAAUAUUCUGCUUCACUGGUCCUUGCCUUGAGACGGAAGAAACAGAUUACGAAGCGUUCACUUCUGUCCAGCAAUGCCCUGUGGGGAUUCUCAUUCGCGUCGAACAGCAACCAUCCUCCAACGAGGUAAAUAUCAGCUCGUCACAAUAUGCUAUAUCAGAUAUCCUUAUAUUCGGUGCCUUAUCAGCGUCUGGUUCACAACAUAUCCGUCCGCCAACCCCACAACCAUCCUCAGCUGCUGCUGGGGAUAGACUAUGCGAAGAUGGGGGGGCUACACACGAGCUAAGAGUGUAUGCAAUUCCCCUCUGCUCGGAUAUAAUCACUAAGGCCAGGGCACUCGCUACUCCGCCGUUUAGCCCUCAAUACAACCCAGCUGGAGCAUCAGAGAAUGAACCGUCAGGCGAAUUUCUUCCGGAUUUUUUCCGCUCCCCGAGCCCGAAGAGGAAAAGGGUUGCAACUCUGUUUGAAGCUGCAGCUGAAUAUCAUAAGAAAGUUAGAAGGAAGGGAGCGGCCGCAAUGUCUGAUUUUAUCACGAGGGACAAAUCGGUCACACCACAGUUUCCGCAGCUUCCAUCCUGCAUUAAAAUCAAACGGGAAAAUGAGAAUAAUGCAACGUUGAGCGGCAGUUUUGGUGAUAUAAGUCUAGCUCGAAGGCGCGCUACUUCGAUCGCAAGAGACGCCAGAGCAGGUUCGAGGAGACCGUCGCUAUCUCGGCCUAGCUCCUCGAUGUCUCAGGCUUUAAGUACAUCAAGUCAUAAAGACCUACCAAGCUCUAGAGCUGGCGACCUAAAUCACCCACCAGAGCGACAUCAGAAGCCUGGGAGCCCAGAUCUUAUUUCCCUGGAAGAUAUCACUGCUGCUAAUAAGGCAUUGUUGACCCGUACAAUCCUUACAUGUAUGCGCCUUUAUGGAUUUCGUCGGACAAAUACACGAACCACUUCGUGCCUACCAUCCUCCAUGCCUGCUAUGCGCGAUCAGUCAUCACUACCAAUCUCCGAUGAUACGCUCUCUAAACACGAUGCAGACGAACCCAACGAAGGCCGCAGCCAUGAUAACUCUGAGUAUACAACUCUUCGUCAGCCUGGUGGCCUGAGAAAAAGAGAUGCGCCUAUUGCAGGCGAUGUCUUUGAUGGGAGAGAACUUACCAAAGCAGAAGCGGAGGGGGAGGAUGAUACGGGGUUUAAAGACAUGUACCAUGCUACAUAUCGUGCUUCAGCAUUUGCGCUGAGGCGAUUCUUCAAACCCUCAACUCCGGCUAUCAGGGUACCAGGGGAUGCAUCUGCAUCUCAUACUUAUCAUUUACCAACAUUAAAAAAAGACAAGGCGAUGGAUACUGUGGAUUCUGUAUUGAAGCUGUUCUGCGAAUUGUCAGACGCAGAAUAA